AUGGAUAGCCUUGGUCGGCGGCACCGGUGGUGGAGACGGCGUCGGAAAGGAGCAGUGAACGACGGGCGGCGGCAGAUUUCAUGGCGGUGGUCGGGCUUCCAUUCUCGGACGAUGGCCGGCGACGGAGUUCCUAUCGAUCGCCGAUCCGCCAUCCGCCACCAGACGCCUUCCUGCCACCAGAGUCCGCCCGUCCACCACCGGUCCUCCACCAGACACCCACCCUCCGUGAAGAUCUACAGAAACAAAUUGGCCGCCCGACCUCCACCGGCUCUUCCUCGCAUCCUCGUCCGACCUCCACCAUGA